CACGGGUCGCUGCCGAUAAGAGGCGGUGCCAGCUGCCCGCCCUCCCUCCUCCCGAGCACGGUUUCCGUGAGCUGCCCGGCGCUGCCAGAGGCGGGGCGCCCCGCCAUCUCCUCAAACCGCCUCAGAAGGCAGGUCAGGCGGGCGGGCCGGCGAGCGAGGCGGCGGCCCCGUGUCCCUGGGCCCUCAGCCUGCGGAGGAGCGUCGCCCACGCUCAGCAACAUGGCGGGCGGGCGCUGCGGCCCGCUGUGGACUGCGCUCCUGAUCGCCUGGGUCGCGGCGUUGGCCGUUGCCGAGGGCCCUGAGCAGGCCCUGGUGCCGGCGGAGCCGAGCCGGGUACAGCCCAUGACCGCUUCCAACUGGACGUUGGUGAUGGAGGGCGAGUGGAUGCUGAAAUUUUAUGCCCCGUGGUGUCCAUCGUGCCAGCAGACUGAUUCUGAAUGGGAGACCUUUGCAAAGAAUGGUGAAACUCUUCAGAUCAGUGUGGGGAAGGUGGAUGUCAUUCAGGAACCAGGUUUGAGUGGCCGUUUCUUUGUCACCACUCUCCCAGCCUUUUUUCAUGCAAAAGAUGGGAUAUUUCGCCGUUACCGAGGCCCAGGAAUCUUUGAAGAUCUACAGAAUUACAUCUUAGAGAAGAAAUGGCAGUCAGUUGAGCCUCUGACUGGCUGGAAGUCCCCAGCUUCACUAACGAUGUCUGGAAUGGCUGGUCUUUUUAGCAUCUCUGGCAAGAUUUGGCAUCUUCACAAUUAUUUCACAGUGACCCUUGGAAUUCCUGCUUGGUGUUCUUAUGUCUUUUUCAUCGUUGCCACUUUGGUUUUUGGCCUUUUCAUGGGUCUGGUCUUGGUGGUAAUAUCAGAAUGCUUCUAUGUACCACUUCCAAGGAAUUUAUCUGAACAUUCUGAGCAAAAUCAGAGAUCAGAGGAGGCUCAGGGAGCUGAACAUUUACAGGAUGCAGAAGAGGAAAAAGAUGAUUCCAAUGAAGAAGAAAAUAAGGACAGCCUUUUAGAUGAUGAAGAGGAGAAAGAAGACCUUGGUGAUGAGGAUGAAGCAGAGGAGGAAGAGGAGAUGGACAAUGUGGCUGGUGGUGUGGAUGAGGAGAGGAGUGAUCCCAACAACCAGGGGCUUCUGACAGAGGCCAGUGUGGCCCAGGAGGAAGUUGAAUCUGAGGAGACUAAAGGAGACACCACUGGAAAACCCUCCUCAGCUGACACAGAGGUAGCAGAAGACUCACUGAGACAGCGCAAGAGUCAGCAUGCCAAUAAGGGACUGUAGAUUUUAUGACACUUCCCUCUGGUCUGCAGUUUAAACCAAAUCCUUAACUUUUCCCUGAAUGAGCAAGCUUCUCUCUUAAAAGAUGGCCAGUGGUCAUAUGGUUGCAUGGCAGUAAGCUUCAUGUAUUCUGUCUAAGGACAAUCUUUCAGACAUGACAAUCAGGAGACAGAAAACCAGUGGUGUUAGGAUCUGUCUGGGGACUUGGGAAAGGAGCAAGUUAAUUUACUUGGCUAGAGAGUCUUAACCAGAAGAGGCAACCCCUUCCCUCAUUAGCGCUUUCUAGAGACAAGGCUGCGGGGCCCCCAAAUGAAAGCAAAGCAGCCUUCACUCUGAGCAUCUUCGAAGUGCAGCAGAGUGCUUCCUUUCUGUGUCGUAGGUAUUUGUUUUUGUCAAAGUGUACAAACAUCAGGCACCACUGUGCGUGGACACCACUUUAACUGUGAGGGCCCUGGAUAUAAUUUUAGGAAAGAGCUUGGAAGUCACCCAAGCCCUUGAAAUCUCCUUUGUUAUGUUUUAUUUCUUACCUGUAUUUCUCCAAGUUCUUUACUAUAGCCUCCAAAGUCUCACAUUCUUCACAAUUAUUCCUUAGUGAGAGGACUCAGACAGCAACUGGGUCAACAGCCACCACGUUUAUUCCAGCUUAAAGGUUUAGAUAAUCUGUAAGUAACCAAAGUCCAUGAAGCUGACUGCCAAGCAUCUCGAAUGAAAUGGGGUAACCUUCGGAGAUUCGGGAGGAAGUAAGGAUUUUACAGAACAGAUUAAAAAAAGAUUUUGGCCAACAUGUGGUAGUUUUUUUUUUUUUCUUUCAAAAAAUUUCUAUAGCACUUUUUUUUUUUUAAAGCCAGAAGUGCUUUAAAUUUUGCCAGUACAAGGUAGUCUUGUGAAGAAAACUUGAAUGCUCUGUUGUUUUGUUUUUAUCUCAAGGAGUUCCCUGGCUCUUGAAACACUUUAAUAACUGCAAAACCAUUUCUGGUUUUCCUUCAGUGAUGUGCUUUUGGUGAAAAAAUUAAUGCAAGUCAAUACUGGGAAGUGAAAGAUUUGAUUUUAUUUCCAUCUUCCUUAAUCUUCUAGAGAAUUGUAUCUUUGUAAAUCUCUCAGUAUUGAAUCUACUAUAAGUACCCACGGAGCCAAAUUUCUUUUACAAAUCCAUCCAUCUACUUCUCUCAUACCUGAUUUAUAUGUUAGAAUAAAUUCAUAAAGUUAGAUUCCAAGCAUAUGAAAGAUGCCUGAAGUCAAUCCUAUGCCCCUUGGGUCCAGACAGAAAAAUGAGUACAGGUUUAUGAAAUUCAAGAAGUUUCUGUCAUCAUUAAAAAGGAACGUGUAAUGUAUUUCUAUCUGGACACCCUGCGAAUAUGAGGCUCGUUCAUGAGCAGGGUUCUGAAACUCUCUGCCCUUUGCUAAGCUGCUGCAAAGCUUGCACAAUGGAGCUUCUUAUUCUGACAAUCAAAACUUAAGAGACUAUGGUUAUUUUUCAUCUUUCCAACUCAGUUAACAAUCUCAUCCUCCAGCACAGUGAAGGUGAAGCUUAGGAGCUUCCAGGAAUGUGCUCAUAGAUGGCACUGUGGUGGACUAGGAGAGCCUUGACAUGUGCCCAUUAUCUGCCCUCAUGUUCCUGCCCCCUACAUCCUCACCCCAAGUGCCAUAUAUAGGCUUUUCUAGAUUAGAGCUGAGCUGCACUUGCCUCUCAUCACUACAAUUCUUUCUCUCACAACCAACUGAAAGUUUUAAAAGAAUAAUGAGUUCAAGUUUAGGGUUAGAGAAUAUACAAAGGUUUCGUAGUUUGGCUUUUUCAUAUAAUGCCCCCAUCCUCAAGGUUUUUUUAGUGGAAUAUUUGACUAGAGGAAAGUCGUGAAGAAAUAUAAUCUACCUUGUUGCUUAUGCACACAAGGCCAGUUUCCAGUUGUUUCCUAAAUAAUACCUAAUUCUAUAACAACAAAAACAAAAACGGAUUUGCAGUACUUCACAAAGUUAGAAAGUGGGGACAGAACAUCUUGGAGAAGACGAUUCAGUAAAAGUUUAAGUAUCUGUCCAUGGGAACCAUUUUUCCUUUAACAUUCUGGCAAAAAGAUUUUCCAGCAAAUGGCCUAAGUAUACAUCUAAUUUAAUUUCUUUCCAAUUGAAGCUUUUGUUUGUUUUCAAUACUUAAUGAGUAUAAAACUAAAUGAAAAAGGCAACCUAAAAUAAUUUAAAUUUAAAAUUCACUCAGCAUUUCAAUAGGACAUUGGGAUUUUCCUGUUGAUAAUAAAUUUAAUCUAGGUGUCAAGUGCAUGGAAACAUGAUUUUGCUUUAAAAAAUAAACAGCCAUGCUUCCUUCUAUUGCACCAUCAGUCAUUUAAUUAUAGAAUAGUAUUUUAUGUAAAUUAAAAUUGGAUGAAUGAAGUAAAAGUAAUGAUUGUGAAAUGGGAGUAUACAACGGUUUAUGUGUGUGAGUAGUUGGAGCAGGGUGACAUCAUUGACGAGAAGUAAUUCAGAAAUUACCUUUUUAUUGGUAUCUUUUGUUAUUGCUGUCUUGAUAGAUCUGCAGCCAAGCCAGUGUGCUUGGAGAUCUCAUACGGCAGCAAGGCGCAUACAGUUCCUCUUCUUCCUUUCCCUUGGAGGUAUUACCUUUGAAUGGGUAAGGACAGGCCUAUUCAGUUCAUGGGUUGUGCACUGCAUAGCUGCACUAACAGCCUUAUCUUGUGAAUACAAUAUCUGUCAGCCAAAAAUAAUCACUGGAGUAAAAAGUAAACAAGGGUGGCUAGAUUGAUUUUUUUACAGUCAAGAAAGCCACAGUUUGACUUUUUAUGGCCAGAAUUCCUUGUUGUUAGCUUUGAUGUUGCUACAUGAUUUGAGUAUAUGUUAGUCUGCAAAGCUAAUCCUGUAACAUCUUUGGGGUAGAUGAUGCUAUAUAGGGCCAGGGAUUUAGCUCAGUGGUGCUGCCGCCUGCCACACAAGCACAAGGUCCCAAGUACUAUCCCCAGUACCAAAAAAAAAGGCUCUAAAAAAUGCUAUAUAAAGGGAGUCUUACAUAGACUUUAUUAGUCCCACAGGUAUGAAGCUGGUACAGUACAUUGCUUUAUAGGAUGGGAAGCAUUCAAGAGAUAAAAAGGUUGAGAAGGGUAAACCUGAGAUUUCAGCAUGUGGUCUUUGAAGUGAAGUGAGAGAAAGAAAGGUACUUGUGGUUUUGCUGGUGUGCAUCAGUAGAUAGUCUGUCUUUCAUCUCUGUGUUACAGAGUUUCUCUUGCCAAUAUUAUAGAUGUAUGGUAGAACCAUCCUGUCAGAAAUACCAACAUUUUGGAAAGUAUUCAUGUAAAUCUUUUGUGCCAACAAAAAAGUUCCUUCUUAUGUAGUAUCUUUACCUCAGUCUUACAUUUUGAUCCUCUUGAGAAGCUUACAGCUUGUCUUGCAAAAGCCAAAUAAUGGGGUCAUCAAGUCUGAUGAAACCUGAUGGGGCAGUUUUUUGAACAAAGUAAGAAGUUCCAUUGAUAGCUUCUGCUGGGGAUGUGGCCUUCAGAUGAUGUAUUCUCAGCCAAGUUUUAUGCAGACUGUAACAUUGUAUAUACGUUACUUGUACAACUUUGACAUGUUUUUGUGUAAUCGUUUGUUACCAGACAGCUUUUUCGUGAAAAUGCAAUUUUUAUACUAAAGACAUUGUUUAUUUGUACUGUAAUACAUUAUGUUUGUUAUUUAUAUUUCUUGUAAUAGUCUGGAUUAUUUAGCCCAGUGCAUUUAAUUAUUUUUCUGUGUAUUCUUUGCUUCCUCAAAUAGCAUGUGCAGCAACUGAAAUGAGAAAUCAAGAUACUGUUUUAAGCAAGACAUUGCCUGAAUUACAGAUCAUCUGAUCACAGAAUUGUACAUAAUUCUUGAUCCCAUAUGGUUUCAUUUUAUUGUAAAUUUCCAUUUUCAUCAAAACAUAAUGAUAGUAAUGACUAAGUAAAAAGAAAAUGAUGUAUUGCUUUUCGUAUAAGUAUUUUCACAAAAACCAUUUGCCUAGGCAGUUAAAAUAUUACUUUGUUAAAAAAUA